ACGAUGGCGAGCGAGGCUGACCCGUCCAGCCUCUCCGAGUAUGUCGGAUACCGGCUCACAAUCUUCGUGGGUGUCUUCAUACCCCUCCAGAUCCUCGCCGUUGCGCUGCGAUUCUGGGCGCGCAGCAUCACGCGCGGCAGCAGCUACGGCCUGGACGACUGGCUCGUCCUCGUCAGCCUGCUCUGCCAGUUGGUCGCUUGCGGCAUAGCCAUCGGCAGCAUAAAGCAGGCCGGCGUCGGGUACCAUGUCGUCUAUCUCGAGGAGACGAGCCCCGAGACCGUCGUGUCCUUCUUCAAGUACUUGGUGGCCAUCUCGGCUUGGUACACGAGCACGGUCAGCCUCGGCAAGCUGGCCAUCUGCUGCUUCUACCGGCGGCUCUUCCCGCAGAAGCCCGUGCACAUCGCCGUCGGGGCCACGGCCGCCGUCCUGAUCGGCAACGCCAUUGCCAGCACCAUUGCUAUCCUGGCCGCCUGCAAGCCCUUCUCCGCGAACUGGGGCUCGGCCGAGGUCCAGGCGACGCACUGCAUCAACAAGGAAGCGCUGUUUGUCUGGGGUACGCUGCCGAACAUCCUGACCGACGCCGUCUUGCUGGCGGUGCCGAUCCCCAUUGUCUUGCGCCUGCACGCCUCCAACGGGCUGAAGGUGGGGCUCUUGGCCACUUUUCUCUUCGGAAGCAUCGGUCUCAUCGCAUCCAUUCUACGCUUCGUGGCGUUCCACAACACAAACUCCUUCACCGACGCCACGUUCAACGCGGCCGAGCUCAUCAUCUGGACCGUGUGCGAGCCCGGCAUCUACCUGAUCGCCGCGUGCCUGAUGGUCUACCGGCCGCUGCUCGAGAAGUUCCACAUCAUCAGCCCCUCGGGCAGCAAGAGCGGCACGGGGCCCGGCCAGUCCGGCGGCGCGUCGGCCCACCACGUGUCGUCCACCUCCCGGAGCCGCGGGCUGGGCUACCUGGCGGAGGCGAGCGCGCGCGGCAUCCCGCUGCGCUCCAAGGACGGCAACGGCCGCUUCGAGUCGCUCGAGGACCGCGCGAGCGACGAGCACCCCUUCAAGCACAGCGGCGCCAUCACCGAGACCACCUCGGUCCAGCUGUCCUGGGAGCACGUUCCGCCGGGGACGCGCCCGUAUGGAGCGGCGGCGUGGGAGCCCUAGUGUCUCAGGAGUGGGGGGGGGGGGGGGAGGGGCGCGCCCCGGUGGAGAGAGAUGAUGGGCGCUGUGCCCGGCUGUGCCACGGGGCAUGUAACUUCGUGUAACGGUGAUCACUUGUACAUAUGUAUGAAUACUUCCGGUCAUGGCCUCUUGUACGCU